CUAUUGAAAGGGGUCACCAUAGCCAGUGGUGGGGUGUUACCCAAUAUUCACCCAGAGCUGUUGGCAAAGAAGCGGGGAUCAAAAGGAAAACUGGAAGCCAUCAUCACUCCACCUCCUGCAAAGAAGGCAAAGUCUCCAUCACAGAAAAAAACUGUAUCAAAGAAAACAGGCGGCAAGAAAGGGGCAAGGAAAUCCAAGAAACAGGGAGAAGUGAGCAAAUCAGCCAGUGCUGACAGUACAACAGAGGGAACUCCUGCAGAUGGUUUCACAGUCCUGUCCACCAAAAGUCUGUUUCUUGGCCAGAAGCUGAACCUUAUUCACAGUGAAAUCAGUAAUUUAGCCGGCUUCGAGGUGGAGGCCAUUAUCAAUCCUACCAAUGCUGACAUUGACCUUAAAGAUGACCUAGGGAGCACUUUGGAAAAGAAAGGCGGCAAGGAGUUUGUGGAAGCUGUCAUUGAGCUUCGCAAAAAGAACGGGCCGUUGGACAUAGCUGGAGCUGUUGUCAGCGCUGGCCAUGGAUUGCCUGCAAAAUUUGUGAUCCACUGUAACAGCCCAGGUUGGGGCUCAGACAAGUGCGAGGAGCUGCUGGAAAAGACGGUGAAGAACUGCUUGGCUCUGGCUGAUGAAAAGAAGCUGAAAUCAAUUGCGUUUCCUUCAAUUGGCAGUGGCAGAAACGGCUUCCCAAAGCAAACAGCUGCUCAGCUGAUCCUGAAAGCCAUCUCCAGCUAUUUUGUGUCAACAAUGUCCUCUUCAAUCAAAACUGUGUACUUCGUGCUCUUUGACAGCGAGAGUAUAGGGAUAUACGUGCAGGAAAUGGCCAAACUAGAUGCCAACUAAGCCUAGAAAGCUACAGUACCAGCCCCCUCUUCCACCCAUCGUCCUCCCCAAAUCCUUAACUCCUUGUGAAGCAGAGCAUCCCUUCUUUUCCAUUUUGCUCAUCUAGGGGAAUAAAGGUGGGAUUUUUGUUGGGUUCUUUUUUUUUGUUUUGUUUCAGAGGGGGGGGUGGUUUUUUUGUUUGUUUUGUUUUUACUUUCUAAACUGUUUUACGUUGGCACUGAUAGUUGGCAUUACUGCUGUUAAUGCACUGUAUACCAGGCAUCGUCUGAACUUAGUGUAAUCUAGGAGAUUUUAUAGUUUUAUUUUAAUGAAGUAUGAAUUGAAGCAGAAAGCUGGUAGGAGUAGGUAGUCUUUUACUUGUGAAAGAAACAGGCUGACCCUAUUUUGUAACUGUGUUGUGGUGCUUUAUCAAUACAUCGAGUGGCGUUCCUUUCAUUUUUUUUUAAAAAGAACAGAUGCUAUAAACCUAAUUUGUGUUUGUUUAUUGUCUUAAUGAUAAACCUGGAAGAAAAAAAAAAAAUACAGAAACCCUGUUGUCCUUAAUUAUAUUUACAAUUUUGAAAUUGUGUGAAUUGAUUUAGUAAAAUGUUUGAACUGUU